AUGGGAAGACGCUGGGCUGUCAAGCUUUUGGGUGGUUCCCUCGCGGGCCUUACCGGCACGUACGUAGCUGUGCGUCGUGAGCAUGAGCGCUGCGCCAUGCCCAAGGGCACGAAGUACAGCGUGCCUUCCGCGUUGAAGUCGCGUUCUACUAUGUCACUGGCGCUUCGGCAGGAUGAGUUCGACGUGCUCGUGAUUGGCGGUGGCUGCACAGGCAGCGCGGUUGCGCUGGAUUGCGCCACACGUGGUCUGAAAUGCGCUCUGGUGGAGGCUGACGACUUCGCGUCUGGGACUUCCUCCAAAAGCACUAAGUUACUGCAUGGUGGCAUUCGCUACCUGGAGAGUGCGCUGCUCCGGUUGGAUUUCAAGGAGCUGCAGUUCGUAUGGAAGGCCCUGGAAGAGCGUGCGCACUUGAUAUUCGCCGCACCUUUCGCAAAUCCGCCAAUUCCUAUUGUUCUUCCGAUCUACCAGUUAUGGCAGAUUCCCUACUUCUGGUUCAACAUCAAGAUUUAUGAGCUCUUGGCACGUUUCUUCUGCUGCAACGAGACCGGAGUGCCAUCGUCCUUCUACACUGGCAAGGCCAACACUUUGGACUACUUCCCUCCCCUUCGUGCUGAAGGUUUGCUGGGAGCCGUUGUUUACUAUGAUGGUCAACAUGACGACUCUCGUACCAACCUCCUAAUGGCGCUGACAAGUACCAUUGACAACUAUGUCCCCGGCCAGGUCGGUGCUACCGUUGUGAAUCACACGGAAGUUGUCGACCUCCUGAAAGAUGGUGAAGGCAAGGUAAGGGGCGCAACGGUGGUCGACAAGUGCACCGGUGAGAAGUUUGAUGUUAAGGCUAAGGUUGUUGUGAAUUGCAGUGGACCUUUCGCUGAGAAAGUUCGUCAGAUCGGCAACAACGAUGGCAAGGAAAACAUGUUGCACUCCCGCGGCACGCACAUUAUUUUGCCCGCAAGUUACGCUCCUACUCAGUACGGUAUGGUAAUUCCGAAGACCACCGAUGGUCGUGUUCUGUUCACCCUGCCGUGGCGUGGAGAGACGCUUGUGGGUACCACUGACAACAAGGACGACUUGCAGUGGAACCCUAUGCCGAAGAAGCGCGACGUUGAUUUCAUUUGCAAGGAUGCUGCGAUUUAUUUGAACUGCAGCGAGGAGGCGAUUCGUCGUGACAUCAAGUCUGUAUGGUCUGGGUUGCGACCGCUUCUGAAGGGCCUUGACGACCAGCCUGACAACCAGAAGACCGACUCGUUAUCUCGUGGCCACGUUAUUCACGUCGACCGCCAGAAUCUGGUUAAUGUAUAUGGUGGUAAAUGGACAAUUUGUCGUUUGAUGGCCGAGGAGUGCGUUGAUCGCGUCGUGAAGUUGGAUCCUACUUUGAAGCCCAAGACUGCUUGCCGCACCCGUAACAUGCGUCUAUAUGGCACGCACAACGCCAAGGGACAGUACCAGCCGCAUGAGAUCCGACCAUUCUUUAACACCUUAAGCGGGGAGCUGCGUACCGAGUUCCCAGGCCUCACUCCUGACCAGGCUAAUCACCUCGUUCAAAGCUACGGCUAUAACGCUCGUGACGUUGCGCGCAUGUCUGCUGAGUCAGGCAUGUUGAAACCGAUCCACCCUGAGUACCCAUAUCUGCAGGGUGAGGUUCUGUACGGCAUUCGCCGGGAAUACGCGUGCACUCCGCUUGACAUUUUGGCUCGUCGUACUCGUUUGGCGUUCCGCGACCACAAGGCAGCAUCUGCAGUGCUGGACUCCGUGUGUGACAUUAUGUCUAAGGAGCUUUCAUGGGACAGUACGCGCCGCAGUGAACUGCGUUCCAAGGCGACUGAGUUCUUCAAUUCAAUGGAGAUCCCCGUGGUUUGA